AGGGUUAUUUUUGAAAUUUUGUGUAAAUAAUUGAUGGAGUGUAUUCAACAAUUGGCAUCUUGUUCAUUUUGAAACCGAUAUUGAUAGGUCUGUUUGCCGUGAGGAAAGAACAAGCUCCGCCUCCCUCAGGCCGACGGAACAAUGCGUUGUUGGCCAAUUCAUCUUCCAUCUUCAACAACUCGCCUCCUUCGAUUUCGCUUCAUACCCUUCCAAUCCCAUUCCUCUUUCCACAACAACAACUUCACGACACAAAACCCUAAUCCCGUUCCCGUUCCCGCUCAUAUUCCCGCCGCUGUUGAUCACACCACCGUUCAUCAAACCCUAAACUCCUUCAACAACGACUGGAAACGCGCACUUGAAUUCUUCAAUUGGGUAGAAACCGAAUUUGAAUUCCGUCACUCCACAGAAACAUAUAACCUAACCCUAGAUAUUCUCGGCAAAUUCUUCGAAUUCCAACAAUGUUGGAAUUUAAUUCACAAAAUGCGCAACAAUCCUCACUCUUUCCCCAAUCACACCACCUUCCGCGUCAUGUUCAAACGCUACAUCUCCGCUCACUGCGUGGAAGACGCAGUCACCACUUUUCAACGUCUCAGUGAGUUCAAUUUGAAAGACGAAACCUCUUUCUCCAACCUCAUUGACGCUCUCUGCGAAUAUAAACAUGUCCUCGAAGCUCAAGACUUGGUUUUCGGUAAGAAAAAGACUCUUAAUUUAGCUUGGAAUGUUGAUGGGGUUCUGAGUAGUAAUAAUACUAAGAUAUACAACAUUGUUCUUCGUGGUUGGUACAAAUUGGGAUGGUGGAGUAAGUGUUGGGAGUUUUGGGAUGAAAUGGAUAAAUUAGGGGUUCAAAAGGAUCUACAUUCUUAUUCAAUUUAUAUGGAUAUUUUGUCUAAAGGUGGAAAGCCUUGGAAAGCUGUGAAGUUGUUUAAGGAGAUGAAGAGAAAAGGUAUUAAAUUAGAUGUUGUUGUUUAUAACAUUGUGAUUAGAGCCAUUGGUGUUUCUCAAGGUGUUGAUUUUUCAAUUAGGCUAUUUCGAGAAAUGAAGGAUUUGGGUUUUAAUCCUACUGUUGUUACUUAUAAUACAAUCAUUAGGCUUUUGUGCGAUAAUUAUAGAUAUAAGGAAGCUCUUACAUUACUUCGAACUAUGCGUCAAAAUGGUUGUUCUCCUAAUGCUGUUUCUUAUCAAUGCUUUUUUUCUUGUCUUGAGAAACCUAAGUUUAUAAUUGAGUUGUUUGAUGGGAUGAUUGAAAGUGGGGUUCGUCCUACUAUGGACACAUAUGUUAUGCUUCUCAAGAAGUUUGCAAGGUGGGGGUUUCUUCGAUUGGUUUUUCUGGUGUGGAAUAGAAUGGAAGAACUUGGAUGUAGUCCUGAUGCCUCUGCUUAUAAUGUUUUGAUUGAUGCUCUCGUGGAGAAAGGGUUGAUAGAUACGGCUAGGAAGUAUGAUGAAGAGAUGUUGGCCAAAGGACUUUCGUCUAAGCCGAGGAAAGAGUUGGGAACAAAGGCUUUGGGAGGAGAAUUUGUUGAGGAAUAGGUCCUUCAUUUUGAGAGAGUUGGGAACAAAGAGUCGGGACUUUCCCUGUUACUGAUAUCAGGAAACUUAAGCACAUUUCGAGACUCAGUGAUAUUUGUUAACCUCAAACUCAGUCCGUUUCUUAUCCUUACAAAUUUUGUUCUCAUUUGGUGGACCUUGUUUCCAAAAUACUAGACAGAUUUGAAUUGGUUUGAGAAAUGUCAAAUCUUAGUGCAAAUGUUAAGAAACAACCAGAGAGAACAGCAAGCUGAACUCAUACAUGCUGUGUGAUGAGACCCUACUUCAUUUGUCUUUUUUCACAAAGCUAUGUUUUAUUAAUUGGAUUGAGCUUACUAAACCAAUGUUUAUUGCUUGAACAUAGUAGGAGGCCAAACCUAAGCUGUUUAUUGCUUGAACAUAGCAGUAGGCCAAACCUAAGCUAUAGUUAUUAAGCAGGACACAACUAUUUCCUUGUAGCGUGCAAUGGGAGCGUUUGAAGCACUGGCCUGUAGGGCUGUCAAGCACCAUUGAUGGGCAGAUGGAAGUUUAAGGAUGGUUGCCGGUCUCCCAUAGCUCCAAUAUGCAACUGUUAUCGGCUGCAGAAGUCAUAGUGCUGUCACAACUAGUUUUCUGAUGCUUGUUAUCCUGUGAGUUGCUGGUAUCAGUAAUUAAGUAUUAUCAUAUCAUGUACUAUCUGGGAAGUUGACCAUUUCUUUUCAACAAGGAAUGCAUUUGGCUCACAAUAUUGCCUUACUUAUCCAUUGAAGUAUUAGGGGGUUUUCAACUGAUAAUGGAUUUGCUCAUCAUAUGCAAGUGACUUAGCUCCAACAUCUUUCUUGAUAUCUUGUGAUAUAAUAAAUCGGAUACAUUUUAUAUAUUGAACACUAUAUGAAUCAAGUUUAUGUCUUGGUGAGUGUCGUAGCUUUAGGUGUAAGCUUUCAUUUGUUAUUGAGCUUUAGGUGUAAGCUUUCAUUUGUUGUUGAUUUUACUUUAUUUGGACCUCUACAAGUUGAGAAAAGAUGGUCAAAAAUUUCAACUUUACGCCAAACAAAUAGAAGAAUUCCUUAGCGGUGGAGACCA